ACCUAUAAAAGCAACGGAAAUCGUACUAGACAACCAUCAGUUGGGGGCUACACAACAACAUGAAAACUUUCCUGAUUUUGGCGUUCUUUGCUCUAACCGCUUCGGCUUUUCCGCUGGAGGAAUCUGAGCGCAUCAAUGGCGAGAACGGCUGGUACCUGCCCCAGGAGGAUGGUUCCUUCGAAUGGGUGGACAUGGAUGUUGCUGAGCAGUGGAUGGAGGCCCAGGAGCUGCUGGAGAGCCGUGGUCUGACCACCGUUCCCGUGAAGUUCUAUCUGUACACGUCCUCGAACCCCUCAAAGGGCACCAAGAUCACCACCACCACCAAGUCCAUUGACGCCUCCAACUUCAACGCCGGCCACCCGACCCGCUUCGUGAUCCACGGCUGGACCCAGAGCUACUCCGCCAGCAUGAACAAGGACAUCCGCGAUGCCUGGCUUUCCCGGGGAGACUACAACGUGAUCAUUGUGGACUGGGCCCGUGCCCGCUCCGUGGACUACGCCACCUCCGUGAUGGCCGUCGCCGCCACCGGAAAGAAGGUCGCCGCCAUGAUCAACUUCCUGCAGUCCAACUACGGAAUGUCCUUAGACAAUCUGUACGUGAUCGGUCACAGCCUGGGCGCCCAUGUGGCCGGAUACGCCGGCAAAAACACCAAUGGCCAGGUGCACACCAUCGUGGGUCUGGACCCCGCCCUGCCCCUCUUCAGCUACAAAAAGCCCAACAAGCGUCUCAACGCCGACGAUGCCUGGUACGUGGAGUCCAUCCAGACCAAUGGCGGUAAUUUGGGAUUCCUGAAGCCCAUCGGCAAGGGAGCCUUCUACCCGAACGGCGGCAAGAGCCAGCCCGGCUGCGGACUGGAUUUGACCGGAGCCUGCUCCCACGGACGCUCCACCACCUACUACGCUGAGGCCGUCUCCGAGGACAACUUCGGCAGCGUCAAGUGCGGAGACUACGAGGCCGCCGUUUCCAAUGAGUGCGGCAGCACCUACAGCGGCGUUCGCAUGGGAGCCGACACCAAUGCCUACAUGGUCGCCGGUGACUUCUAUGUGCCCGUGAACAGCAAGGCCCCUUUCGGCAUGAUUAACUAAAAGCAAACCAAUAAAUAUUAAGUCAAUGAAA